UGAAAUGUUCUAAACAGCUUACGGAUAGAUACGUCGUAACCUACAUACAAAUAUUAAUCAUACGGCCACACUAGCAAGUACGUAGAAACAGUGUAUUUUUCUUGUACCUACUGUGGUACAAUAUGGUAAUUUUGUACACUAGUUCUACUAUAAGAGCUCAUAGUUUUCGAACCAUUACAAAUUGUUUAUUAAAGAAAAAAAUAUCGACAUCAGUUAAUAUGACCUCAAAAAUAACAGAGAAAUUCAAGUUACCGUCUCGCCAUGAAGCAGCCAUAUACAAUGUUUGGAUUGAGUUUAGUCAAUUAGCUGUAACUACAAAAUGUUUAAAUUUGGGGCAAGGAUUUCCGGAUUAUGAUCCACCAUCACGGUUUUCAAAUUUCUUAUCUGAAGUGGCUAUAGAAAAGAAUUCAUAUUUCCAUCAAUACACACGCGGAUUUGGACAUUUACGUUUAGUGAGAGCUUUAUCUAACUUAUAUUCACAAUUGAUUAACCGAAAAAUUGAUCCCGUAAAUGAAAUAUUGGUAACUGUUGGAGCAUAUGAAGCACUUUAUUGUGCCAUACAGAGUAAUAUAGAGAACGGAGACGAAGCAAUUAUCAUUGAACCUUUUUACGACUGUUAUGAACCCAUAAUACGUACAGCUGGCGGCAUUCCUAGAUUUAUACCAUUGAGAAAUACAAGACCGAAUGCAUCAUUACCAAAAGCAAGCGAUUGGAAGCUUGAUCCAGAAGAACUGGCAUCAUUAUUCAAUUCCAAAACCAAACUCAUCAUCGUAAAUACACCACAUAAUCCAUUGGGAAAAGUAUUUGAUUACGACGAGUUGAUGAUGAUAGCAGAUUUGGCCAAAAAACAUAAUGUUCUAGUCAUUUCUGACGAAGUAUAUGAGUGGUUGGUAUAUGAACCAACUAAACACAUAAGAAUGGAGUACAAAGAUUGGAGAAUGAAUAAAUCUUAUAUUGUUCAAGCAYAGUAUCAAAGGGUGUGCCAGAAAAAUGAUUGA